AUGCGGCCUGAAAUUGAACAAGAGCUGGCUCACACCUUGCUGGUAGAGCUUCUGGCUUACCAGUUUGCGUCUCCAGUAAGGUGGAUUGAGACACAAGAUGUCAUUCUUGCGGAAAAGCGGACAGAACGCAUUGUGGAAAUCGGUCCAGCAGACACUUUGGGUGGAAUGGCACGAAGAACCCUUGCCUCCAAAUAUGAAGCAUAUGAUGCGGCCACAUCUGUGCAGCGUCAAAUACUUUGUUACAACAAGGAUGCGAAAGAAAUCUAUUACGACGUUGAUCCAGUGGAAGAAGAAACCGAGUCCGCACCCGAGGCUGCAGCUGCUCCGCCAACGUCUGCUGCUCCGGCCGCCGCCGUGGUUGCAGCCCCUGCCCCUGCGGCUUCAGCACCGAGCGCCGGCCCGGCGGCGCCAGUCGAAGAUGCGCCCGUGACAGCUUUGGAUAUAGUAAGAACACUCGUUGCUCAGAAGCUGAAAAAAGCUUUAUCAGAUGUGCCCUUGAACAAAGCUAUCAAAGAUCUGGUGGGAGGCAAAUCUACACUGCAAAAUGAAAUUCUAGGAGACUUGGGCAAAGAGUUCGGUUCCACGCCUGAAAAGCCAGAAGACACCCCUCUAGAUGAGUUAGGUGCAUCUAUGCAAGCCACAUUCAACGGGCAACUAGGCAAGCAAUCUUCCUCGCUGAUUGCUCGUCUUGUCUCGUCCAAAAUGCCUGGAGGUUUCAAUAUCACGGCUGUUCGCAAAUAUCUGGAGACAAGGUGGGGCUUGGGUCCUGGCCGACAGGAUGGCGUCUUACUUCUCGCCCUUACUAUGGAACCCGCCUCACGUAUCGGUUCUGAGCCCGACGCCAAGGUGUUCCUUGAUGAUGUUGCGAAUAAAUACGCUGCCAACUCAGGCAUCAGCCUCAAUGUCCCGACGGCUUCUGGAGACGGUGGAGCAAGUGCAGGAGGAAUGCUCAUGGACCCCGCCGCUAUUGACGCUCUGACCAAGGAUCAACGUGCUUUGUUCAAGCAGCAACUGGAGAUAAUCGCCCGUUACUUGAAGAUGGAUCUCCGAGACGGUCAAAAGGCUUUUGUUGCUUCACAAGAAACCCAGAAAACCCUGCAGGCGCAGCUCGAUUUAUGGCAAGCAGAACACGGUGACUUUUAUGCCUCGGGAAUUGAACCUUCCUUUGACCCUCUAAAGGCUCGUGUUUACGACUCCUCUUGGAACUGGGCUCGUCAAGAUGCUCUGAGCAUGUACUACGACAUCAUUUUCGGAAGACUCAAGGUCGUUGAUCGUGAAAUUGUCAGCCAGUGUAUCCGCAUCAUGAACCGCUCGAACCCUCUUCUUCUUGAAUUCAUGCAAUACCACAUCGACAACUGCCCAACCGAACGCGGUGAAACCUAUCAGCUUGCCAAGGAACUUGGUGAGCAGCUUAUUGAGAACUGUAAAGAAGUUCUUGGUGUCUCUCCGGUGUACAAGGAUGUUGCCGUACCUACCGGUCCUCAGACCACGAUCGAUGCUCGCGGAAACAUCGAAUACCAGGAGGUUCCUCGUGCCAGCGCUCGCAAGUUAGAGCACUACGUGAAACAAAUGGCGGAAGGCGGCCCCAUCUCCGAAUAUAGCAACCGGGCUAAAGUUCAGAACGAUUUGAGAAGCGUCUACAAAUUGAUCCGGAGACAACACCGCUUGUCUAAAUCCUCCCAGUUGCAAUUCAAUGCACUUUAUAAGGACGUUGUUCGGGCUCUCAGUAUGAAUGAAAACCAGAUCAUGCCGCAGGAGAACGGCAGUACGAAGAAGCCUGGCCGCAACGGCUCCGUACGCAACGGAAGCCCUCGCGCCGGGAAAGUCGAAACGAUACCUUUCCUGCAUCUUAAGAAGAAGAACGAACACGGCUGGGAUUACAGCAAGAAGCUCACUGGUAUUUAUCUAGAUGUGCUGGAGUCUGCUGCCCGGUCCGGCCUCACAUUCCAGGGUAAGAACGUUUUGAUGACCGGUGCUGGAGCUGGUUCCAUUGGAGCAGAAGUUCUUCAAGGAUUGAUCAGUGGCGGUGCUAAGGUUAUUGUAACCACGAGUCGGUAUUCCCGCGAAGUGACUGAGUACUACCAGGCCAUGUAUGCCAGAUACGGUGCACGUGGUUCGCAGCUUGUUGUGGUGCCUUUCAACCAAGGCAGCAAGCAAGAUGUGGAGGCCUUGGUCGACUACAUCUAUGAUACAAAGAAGGGCCUGGGCUGGGAUCUGGACUUCAUUGUUCCAUUUGCUGCAAUUCCGGAAAAUGGACGAGAAAUUGAUUCUAUCGACUCGAAGUCAGAGCUCGCUCAUCGCAUCAUGUUGACUAAUCUUCUCAGACUUUUGGGUAGUGUCAAGGCGCAGAAGCAGGCCAAUGGUUUCGAGACACGACCAGCCCAAGUCAUUCUCCCGCUGUCUCCAAACCAUGGUACCUUCGGUAAUGACGGACUUUAUUCAGAAUCCAAGCUCGCUUUGGAAACACUCUUCAACCGCUGGUACUCCGAGAACUGGAGCAACUACCUCACCAUUUGCGGUGCGGUUAUUGGAUGGACGCGCGGUACGGGCUUGAUGAGCGGUAACAACAUGGUCGCCGAAGGAGUUGAGAAACUGGGCGUUCGGACCUUCUCGCAGCAGGAGAUGGCAUUCAACUUGCUCGGCCUCAUGGCUCCUGCAAUUGUAAACCUUUGCCAACUUGAUCCUGUCUGGGCAGACCUGAACGGCGGGCUUCAAUUCAUCCCUGAUCUGAAAGAUCUUAUGACUCGGCUUAGGACGGAGAUAAUGGAGACGAGUGAUGUUCGCAGAGCGGUUAUCAAGGAAACCGCCAUUGAAAACAAGGUUGUGAAUGGAGAGGACAGUGAAGUCCUAUACAAGAAAGUCAUCGCAGAACCUCGCGCGAACAUCAAAUUCCAGUUCCCGAACUUGCCGACUUGGGAUGAGGACAUCAAACCUCUCAACGAAAACCUUAAAGGCAUGGUCAAUUUGGACAAAGUCGUCGUUGUCACAGGGUUUUCUGAAGUUGGACCAUGGGGUAACUCCCGUACUCGCUGGGAAAUGGAGGCUAGCGGCAAGUUCUCUCUGGAGGGUUGCGUGGAAAUGGCUUGGAUUAUGGGUCUCAUCAGACAUCAUAAUGGACCUAUCAAAGGCAAAACCUAUUCUGGCUGGGUUGAUUCGAAGACUGGGGAGCCAGUGGAUGACAAGGAUGUCAAAGCCAAGUACGAAAAAUACAUUCUUGAGCAUUCCGGUAUUCGCCUAAUCGAGCCCGAACUCUUCAAAGGAUAUGAUCCCAAGAAGAAGCAACUGCUUCAGGAGAUUGUCAUUGAGGAAGAUCUUGAGCCAUUUGAAGCCUCAAAAGAGACCGCUGAAGAGUUCAAGCGGGAGCACGGAGAGAAAGUAGAAAUAUUUGAGGUUCUCGAGUCCGGCGAGUACACCGUCCGCCUGAAGAAGGGUGCCACCCUUCUCAUCCCCAAAGCACUCCAGUUCGACCGUUUGGUUGCUGGUCAGGUUCCUACCGGUUGGGAUGCAAGGAGAUACGGUAUCCCGGAGGACAUUAUCGAGCAAGUUGAUCCUGUGACCCUCUUUGUCCUUGUCUGCACUGCUGAAGCCAUGCUCUCCGCCGGUGUUACGGAUCCUUACGAAUUCUACAAGUAUGUCCAUUUGUCUGAGGUUGGUAACUGCAUUGGAUCUGGUAUCGGAGGUACACAUGCCCUCCGAGGCAUGUACAAGGAUCGGUACCUAGACAAGCCUCUGCAGAAAGACAUUCUCCAAGAAUCCUUCAUCAAUACGAUGAGUGCUUGGGUGAACAUGUUGCUUUUGUCUUCUACGGGUCCUAUUAAAACACCUGUUGGUGCUUGCGCUACCGCUGUGGAAUCCGUCGACAUUGGGUACGAGACGAUCGUGGAAGGCAAGGCGAGAGUCUGCUUCGUCGGUGGUUUUGAUGACUUCCAGGAAGAGGGCUCCUAUGAGUUCGCCAAUAUGAAAGCUACCAGCAAUGCUGAAGACGAAUUCGCCCAUGGUCGCACCCCUCAGGAAAUGUCCAGACCCACUACUACCACUCGUGCAGGCUUUAUGGAAUCUCAAGGUUGCGGUAUGCAGCUCAUCAUGAGUGCCCAGCUCGCCCUUGACAUGGGUGUACCCAUCUACGGAAUCAUCGCCCUCACCACGACUGCCACUGACAAGAUUGGUCGUUCUGUGCCUGCACCCGGUCAAGGUGUCCUGACCACGGCACGCGAAAACCCCGGCAAGUUCCCGUCGCCCUUGCUGGACAUCAAAUACCGCCGCAGACAACUCGAACUGCGCAAGAGGCAGAUUAGAGAAUGGCAGGAGUCGGAGCUUUUGUAUCUUCAGGAGGAGGCAGAGGCAAUUAAAGCUCAGAACCCCGCGGACUUUGUUGUCGAAGAGUACUUGCAAGAGCGAGCUCAGCAUAUCAACCGCGAAGCCAUCCGACAAGAAAAGGAUGCCCAAUUCAGCCUUGGUAACAACUUCUGGAAACAAGACUCGCGUAUUGCUCCCCUUCGUGGCGCCCUUGCCACAUGGGGUCUCACUGUGGACGAUAUCGGUGUUGCAUCGUUCCACGGUACUUCCACUGUUGCGAAUGACAAGAACGAAUCUGAUGUUAUUUGCCAACAAAUGAAGCAUCUCGGACGCAAGAAGGGCAACGCACUUCUUGGAAUUUUCCAGAAAUACCUUACCGGCCAUCCAAAGGGUGCAGCUGGCGCUUGGAUGUUCAACGGGUGUCUGCAAGUCCUGGACAGCGGCCUGGUUCCAGGCAACCGUAACGCCGACAAUGUCGACAAGGUUAUGGAGAAGUUCGAUUACAUCGUUUAUCCUAGCCGCAGUAUCCAGACCGACGGUAUCAAAGCUUUCUCUGUUACUUCGUUUGGUUUCGGUCAGAAGGGUGCUCAGGUCAUUGGUAUUCAUCCGAAAUACCUGUAUGCCACUCUAGAUCGCGCACAAUUCGAAGCAUACAGAGCCAAGGUCGAGACUAGACAGAAGAAGGCAUACCGCUACUUCCACAACGGCCUGGUCAACAAUAGCAUCUUCGUUGCCAAAAACAAAGCUCCUUAUGAAGACGAACUUCAAAGCAAGGUCUUCCUGAAUCCCGAUUACCGUGUGGCCGCAGACAAGAAGACUUCAGAGUUAAAAUAUCCACCUAAGCCCCCUGUUGCUACUGACGCAGGAUCUGAAAGUACCAAGGCUGUGAUUGAGUCCCUGGCGAAGGCUCACGCCACCGAGAACUCGAAAAUCGGCGUCGAUGUUGAGUCUAUCGAUAGCAUCAAUAUCUCAAAUGAGACUUUCAUUGAGAGGAAUUUUACGGCCAGCGAACAACAAUACUGCCAGAAUGCCCCGUCGCCGCAGUCAUCGUUUGCGGGAAGAUGGAGCGCAAAAGAGGCUGUCUUCAAGUCCUUGGGUGUCUGCAGUAAAGGUGCUGGGGCUCCCUUGAAAGACAUCGAAAUCGAGAAUGACUCUAACGGGGCGCCUACUGUUAAGCUCCAUGGUGUUGCGGCCGAAGCUGCUAAAGAAGCUGGUGUGAAGCAUAUCAGUGUCAGCAUCAGCCACAGUGACAUGCAGGCUGUCGCAGUGGCAAUCUCACAGUUCUAAUGUGUUUGAUGAGCAGAAUAAUUGUUCAGGCUUUUGACCUUGUAUGCGGCAUAUAGAUGUUAUUGUUGGUAUUUAAUGCAUUUGUUGAUGUCAGUUCCAAUUCAGCAUAAAGUCUCCUGCUCUCU